ACCUCAACAUCGUCGCUCACGCUCAUCAACACCGCCAAGAUGAGCUUCGCACCCCUCAACCCCCGUCCUAUGCUGCAGGACCUCGUCAGCAGGACCGUUCUUGUCCGCCUAAAAUGGGGCGAGGUGGAAUACAAGGGCACACUCGUCUCUGUUGACAGCUACAUGAACCUCCAGCUCUCUGGCACCGAGGAGUACAUCGCCGACAAGCCCACUGGCUCUCUGGGCCAAGUGUUGAUUCGGUGCAAUAACGUCCUGUGGGUGCGCGGCGCCGACGAAGGCAAGGACACGGAUGCUGCGAUGACGGGCUAA